AUGCAGGCCAAGUUUGACGAUUUUAAGCGAAGCGACUUUGUGCGUCGCUGCGGCGAAUCCAAGGACAGCGCCAAGGAGGCACUAAAGGAGACGCUUGUCGAGCUCAAGCAACUCAAGGACCAGCUCAAGCAAGACAUCAAGCCCAAGGCAGCCGCCGUGGCUGCGGCAAUCUUGGAAGCCUUGAAGGACUUUGGCGAUUUCACCGAGCGCCAGUUUAACGCAAUCAAGGAGGCGAUCGCCGAGGUUCUCGAGCGGCACGACGACUCUUCUGCAUCUGCUGCUGCACCGGCAGAAUCUGCGAGCGACGAGGCUUCGAGCAGCAACAACGACAACUCUGCCUCGGCUGCAGUGGAAGCGCUGGCGCAGGCACCUCGCAAUGACGCCGACGCUGAUUCCAGCCGCACUAGCAAGAACAUGAACAACACCAACGAGCAGGUUGCUGCGCAAGGCGAAGAAUCCCUUGCCCGCCCUGACUCUGUCUAUGGGCGCGAGGCGACCGCUCCGCCACAAGAGAUGGAGACAUUCUAUCGAUCACGCUCGUCCGUGGAAGGCGUUUCGACCGUAGCGCCCGCUUUGGCCCUGAUUGCUCGCGAAGCCUCGGCGGAAGGUGUUGACGCGCGCAUCCACAAGUGGUCGCACGAGCUCAUCCGUCUCUCUGAGAUUGGCUUUGACGAUGUGGACCGGAACAUUGGCCUGCUCGAGGAGUGCAACGGCGAUCUUUCGCUCGUCAUUCAGCGCCUGCUCUAA